AUGAGCGAGCCACCAGACGAGAGCCGGAGGAGUGGACGGACUGCAAAGUUGAGUUGUAGCUCGGAUGCAGAGUGCGGCUGUGAGGAGAGACUCCGGGUCAGCAGAGCCAUCAGUGACCCGCUCCAGAGCCAGAGCCAGAGCCAAGACCCAGACCUGGACCUGGACCCCACCCAGAGGACAAAACCUGCGCUCACCAGGUCCAAGACAUUUGACCACUCUCUUCUGCGACACGUUCCCGCUGACACAGAACCGAAGAUUGAGAGGAAAAAGUCCCACUACAGUCAGCUCUCAAAGACAAACGGACAGUAUCAUAAAAUAUUCAAAGAGAUCUGCAAAGAAGAGCAGCUGCAGCAGAGCUACACCUGCGCUCUACAGAAGGACAUAUUGUACCAGGGCCGCAUGUUUGUGUCCGAGCACUGGAUCUGCUUCCACUCUAAAGUCUUCGGCAAAGACACAAAGAUCGCGAUCCCUGUGGUGUCGGUCACAAACAUAAAGAAAACUAAGACGGCUCUGCUUCUGCCCAACGCUCUGGUCAUCGCCACCGCCAACGAUCGGUAUGUCUUUGUGUCGUUUCUGUCCAGAGACAACACCUACAAGUUCCUGAUGUCCAUGUGUCUGCAUCUGGAGGAGAAGAGUCCGUGCAGCAGUCCCAUCCCGUCCUUGGUGGACAGCAGCUUCAGAAGUCAAAGGUCACCGCGGUCGCCACAGUCUCCACGCUUCCCUCUGUCUUUUCCCGGAGACUUUGUUGUUGAACAGAGGAGGCAGGAGCUGGAGGAGAGCAGCAGCUCCGACUCCCAGACGGCGGACUAUGAGAAAAUCAAUGAGUUCCCAGUUCCUGAGUUCCUGUUGACUCGUCCUGAGGACUCGGAGUCUCCAAAAGUGUGUGAACCUCCUGAGGCUCCACAGAACCUCUCAGAGAUCACCAACAAACACAGAGCUGCUGGUCCGGUGGUGGACGGCAGGAGCCUGAAGACCGUGUCCCUCAGCGCUCUGCUCUGUGUCUACCUCACACUUGUGUGUUUGCUGCUGCUGUCCUCCUGUUACCUCGCCUUCAAGAUCGUGUCCCUGGAGCAGAAACUCUCGGCUCUCGGACCGAUGGCGGACUUCACGGAUCAGGGGGACGUCCUCAGAGUCUCCGAUCGUAACUCUGACCUUUUCUCUGAACUCAUCACCAUCAACCUCCUCAAACUGGAGAAGGUGCAGAGGAACCUCCAGAGGCUGCUGGAUGAGGCCUGA